CCCCGGGUGACGUCACCACUGGCUUUGCCAUCAGGGCCACUCUUCGCUUCAUCGAGCAUCCAAGGAGGACUUUUAUCCGACUUCUGCAAGUGAAAACUCCGGGCGACAUUUUCGAUAUGGUGCUCCAGAGAAUAUUUCGUGCAGUCAUCAUGGGGCCCCCGGGAUCCGGAAAGGGGACGGUGUCCGGGCGAAUAAGCAAAAGUUUUGAACUCAAACACAUCUCCAGUGGGGAUAUUUUGAGGGCCAACAUCAACGCUAAAACGGAAUUGGGACUGCUGCUUAAGUCAAGUAUUGAUCAAGGUCAGCUGGUGCCCGAUCACGUCAUGUCUCGUCUCAUCCUCAGGGACCUGCAAGCGAUAGAGCAGAACAGCUGGCUGCUUGACGGUUUCCCUCGAACGGUCACCCAAGCAGACUCUCUGGAUCAAGUCUACAGCGUGGACACAGUCAUCAACCUCAAUGUACCUUUCCAGACCAUUAAACAGAGACUAUCCUCUCGAUGGACUCACCUUCCCAGCGGCAGAGUAUACAACACUGACUUCAACCCGCCUAAAGAGCCUGGUCGCGAUGAUAUCACUGGGGAGCUUCUGGUGCAGAGGGAUGACGAUACGCCAGAUACUGUCAUGAGGAGACUGAAGGCCUACGAAACCCAGACGGAGCCCGUCUUAGAGUACUACAGGAGUAAAGGUGUGCUGGAGACCUUCUCCGGCACAGAAACCAACAAGAUCUGGCCCCACGUUGAGGCCUUCCUCCACAAAAAGAUCUCUGUUCUCAAUCAACGAGUUGCAUAGCAGAAGAGAAGACAUGUACAUUGACCAGAAGGAUUUCCAUAUGGAUAGAAAACUGUAUUUAUUAAUACACACACACACGCAACAUUCAGGACCACGUCAGUGAUGGGACUUGUUAGCGCGUUUGAAGUUUGCUCUCAUCAUUCCACAUUGUGCCUUACACAAGACACAUUGAAGAUGGUUUCCCAAAUUAAUCUGAUUUAGCCAACACUUCUGGAUUAUCAGAGUCCAAUUAAAAGUUUCUUAAUGAAAUAAAAUGCCUGAUGUAUGUUUUGGUAAUGAGGACUUUCUCAUGCAAUAAGUAUUACCACUAUUAAAAGGGAAAGUGCAAUGGUCUGCCAUAGUGAUCCACUCAAUUCACUUUUUCACUCCCCUGCCUAAUUUUUCUUAACCCUUUAUGAACGCCUGGUUAUUUUUAAAUAUUAGCAAAAGACUUUUUUUAUCAGUUAAUAUCAGAUAAUUAAAAGUCUAUAUUGUUUGGACAGGACCAAUGUCUUGUGAUCUGAUCAAGCUCUGCCUGGUAAUGGAAACAUGCCUAAUGUAAUUCCAAUUAAUAACACGAAUGAAUAAAA